AUGCUUGACAAGCCACGCGACUCGGGCGAGCCUGAUGGGUUCAGCAGACCGCCGUCCAGCGACAUCCGCAUCCCCCGGACAUCCCAGUCCGACAAUCAAAGACUCUCAGUACCGCGGGUCCUGUCGAAUUGCUCCUCGUUGUCCACGUCGACGGACAGUCGGAUAUCAGCUGGAUACGAGCAUGAGAGCAAGUACAGCGAUGCCCUCAGUAACUUCACAACCAGCUCCUCCUCCGCAUCCACGGGGCUUCCCAAGUCGCCACGACCACAGACUCUGGGCAGCCUGUCAGACGAUGACACCCCCCGUGCAUCCUCCUCAAGUACAGUGCAGCCACAAGAGAAGGCUUCAAUAACGACUGCAUCGCAACCGUCACUCUCAUCCCCACCCGCUCCAUCACAACCUCUGCUCACGCCGGUAUCUUCUCCUCCUCGUCUCUCCACGGCGACGAGCUCGCCCUCAAGCGCGCCUUCAAUAGCUCCCUUGCCGGGAGAAGACGCGGAUGGUUUCCACGUUCGGUCGACAUAUGCACAACUGGAGACGUGCGGAGUGCGCGGGGAUGGGAUCGAGGAGGGCGUGGAACGGACGCGGGCGCGCGUCGGGGGUAGCCGCGCGAGCGAGCUGGCAGCCCUGCAUGCUCUGGGCGACGAGACGGAGAAAAAGCGCGAGCUGACGCCGCAGGAAGUCGAGAUGCUGGCAAGCUUGGAUCGAUACGGGUUCUACGUGACGCCCUCGCACGACCGCAUCAUCCUACUUCCUGCCGCGCCGCUUCGCCAGCCCUUCACACGCCUCACCACCGCGAACACCUCUGGACCCUCCAGUGCGCCUUUGCUGCCAUCUCUUCCACCCGUGCUACCUCCACAGAAGGAACUCUCCCGUGUAGCGAAGUGGGGGCGGAUGCUGGAAGCCCGCUCGAGAGAUACCGGGCGAAAUAUCGAUUCCUGGGGCAUCAAGCCGUCCAAGGAGCACAAACUGCGCGAGCGCACGUUCAAGGGGAUCCCCGACCGCUGGCGCACUGCCGCCUGGGACACGCUGCUGUGCCGCUUCUCCAAACACGGCAAGGCGGAGACGAAACACCUGACAGAUCAGUACUUCGAGGCGCUCGACCUCCCGUCGACGUACGAUGUACAGAUCGACCUGGACGUUCCCCGCACAAUUAGCGGGCAUGUGAUGUUCCGGACGAGGUACGGGCAAGGACAACGCUCGCUGUUCCACGUCCUCCACUCGUUUUCACUACAUUGCGAGACAUGUGGGUAUUGUCAAGGCAUGGGACCCAUUGCGGCGACGCUUCUGUGUUAUUUUGAGCCGGAGCGCGUAUACGCCUCUCUGGUUCGAUUACACGACGCGUACCAAAUGCACACGAUCUUCGGCCCGGGAUUCCCUGGUUUGCUGGAGUCAAUAUAUGUGCAGGAGCGGGUCAUGGAGGAGAUGUUGCCGGCGGUAUAUGCUGCGUUCAAGAAACACAUGGUCUCGACGACCUCCUACGCGACGAAGUGGUACAUCACACUUUUCGCAAAUUCUGUGCCGUUCCAGACACAACUACGGCUAUGGGAUGCAUUCCUGCUAGAGGGUUACGACAUCUUCGUUGUGGUGGCUGUGGCGAUUGUUUGGGUCUACAGAGACCACAUCACAUCGUCGCAUGCGAGCUUUGAAACGGUGUUGUCUCUGUUAUCGUCAUUCUUCGUCCCUGAGGACGAAAAUGCACUGCUCGCGUGGAUCGAAAAAGUGCUCUCCGACAAGAAAUUGCGGUCAAACAUGCAGCAAUGGCGGAAAGACUGGCAACGACUGGUCGCGUCCGGAGAACAUAACAACGCGCUCCUAUAG